AUGGACACUUGUUGGAGACCAGCUUCACGGAGCUCCCAGCAUGAGACAGAGCACCUGGUAACCAGCGCUCCACACAUCACAACCUCCCCCCUCCUUCCUGACUACCUGCACUGUACACUGAACAUCACAUCCCUGAGCAGCAUAGGCACGGCCUACCAGAACCUGCUCUGUACUGACUCCUGGCCCACCCUGUCAGCCCUAGUAUGUGCCACAAACAACACAUCCCAGCCCCCUCCCCUUCAGCUUGACCUGCCCUGCUGCACCAUAGCUGAACAACUGGCUUUGCCCAUUGGACAAGCAGGUCUGUACCCAAUAAGUCGGCUCCAAGAGGCAUGUUUGCUUGGUGAUGUCCAGCAGAUAAGCCUGGCAAACCUCAGUGUGAUUGAAGAAGCCAGUCUGAGACACAGCCUCGUCCAAGCAAGCUACUGGCACCUGCUCCUCUCAACUAACCUCAACAUGAUGGUCUUUGAAUUUUGGAAGGUCUUCCUGAUCCUAAACUGCCUUGCAGGUCAGGUUAGCGUGGUGCAAGUGACCAUCCCAGACAAUGUGGUGAACGUGACUAUUGGAUCUGAUGUCACUCUCGUCUGCAUCUACACCACCACUGUGACCUCCCUGGACAAGCUUGUCAUCCAGUGGUCUUUCUUCCAUAACAGGGAGUUGCAGCCAGUAUCCAUUUACUACUCUGAAGGUGGACAAGCUGCAGCCAUUGGGCGAUUUAAAAAUCGAAUUGUAGGGUCUUCCCAACCAGGUAAUGCGUCUAUCACCAUUUCUAACAUGCAGCCAGCAGAUACCGGAAUUUACAUCUGUGAUGUUAACAACCCCCCAGACUUUGUUGGCAAAAACCAAGGCAUCCUCAACGUCACUGUGUUAGUCAAACCUUCUAAGCCCUUUUGUAGCAUCCAAGGAAUACCAGAAACGGGUCACCCUGUUUCUCUCUCCUGCCUCUCUACGAUUGGAACACCUACGCCUGUGUAUUACUGGUAUAAACUUGAGGGAAAAGACAUCAUUCCAGUGAAAGAAAGCUUCAAUCCAGCCACCGGGAUUUUGGUUAUUGGAAAUCUGACAAAUUUUGAAAAAGGUUAUUACCAAUGCACAGCUAUCAACAACCUUGGAAAUGGUUCCUGCGAAAUUGAUCUCACAUCUUCACAACCAGAAGUUGGAAUCAUUGUCGGGGCCUUGGUGGGUAGCCUGGCAGGUGCUGCCAUUAUCCUCUCUGCUGUGUGUUUCGCGAGGAACAAGGCAAAGGCAAAGGAAAGAAAGAGAAAUUCUAAAGCCACCACAGAGCUGGAACCAAUGACAACGGUAAACCGAAGUACAGAGUACGAGUCGAUGCCACCUGAAGUCAUCCAGGUAGAAACAACUCAGCCACCUUCCACCCUUGACAUUGACCCUGCUACUAUCCUGGAGCCACACCAUGAGCCUGAGCCUGAGCUAGAACCUGCCUCGGAGCCCGGUUCAGGGGCUAAGCCUGCUCCAGUCCCUGAGUUUGAGAUUGAGCUUGAUCUGGAGGAGCCGGUGCUGGUGCCGGUGCCGGAGCUGGAGUCAGAGCCGGAGUCAGAGUCGGAGCUGGAGUCGGAGCCCGAGCCCGAGCCCCAGCCCCAGCCCGAGCCGGAGCCCGAGGUUGCAGUUGGGCCCUUCUGUGAUGAGAAGGGAGUGGUUAAGACAUAGGCUGGUGGCCUAAGAUACAGUGUUCAUCACUAAGGAACCCACCACUGGUGUUUGCAAUUCACUUGACAUAAGCGACUCCCCACCACCCCCCUCCAUUCUAAACAACCUCUUCUAACUGUGUACUCACAGGCUCCUAAUAAGUGGGUCAAGAUAACUACUAAAUACAUUCAAGGGUUCCUACAUUAUCAGUAUAAUGUACUUAUAAUUUUACUAACAUGUAAGCAUAACAAAUGACAAGGCAAGUAAUUUCUAACUCAGUUAAAGGGAUUUUGUAACAGCAUUUACAUUUCAGAAAGCCUUAUUUCUCUAUUUUUAGCUACUCCUCAUUAUGUUCCACAUGCACACAUGACAAGGUGGCAUUAAAUAGAUUCAAUCUUUUUUCUCAGGUUAGUUGUCAGGGUUUCCCUAUUCAUUUUUAUACUGACCACUAAGAAAAGAAUUCACCAGCAUCAUCUCAUAGACUGGAAGGAAAAACAAAUUCUUCAAAACUUCCAGAGGAGAAUAUGGAAAGGGUACAUAUUAAUUGGUAAACAGCAUUUAAAACCAGGUCUUAAAAUUAAUGCUUAAUUUGUCAUAUUAGAUUUCCCAAGGAAACACCUGUUAUCCAGUAUCCGAGCACAGCAAAUUAAAAAAAAAAAUCCAAUUUUUAAAUGCAAAAUAAUGUACAAGCAAACAAUUCCAAGUAACAUUGUCCUUCAGUGAGUACAAAAUGUUGAUAUCAUAGGCGAUGUACAAUUAACUUUCAAUGAGCUAUUAUGUUAUCACUGUACCUGAUGCUAUCUGCUUUGGAAGGACCAG